AUGGGUCUAUUGGCUCUUGGGACGGCCCUAGAUUGGCCCGAGGCCAAGAAACAAGCUCACCUUGUCAGAUCCUGGGGAAUCAGACAACUGCUGGAGAUAUGGAACAAGGCCAAGGGAAAGGAGCGGGAUGCCAUGCUCUGGGGUGACGAGGUUGAAUACUUGGUCGUGAUAUACUCAAAGGAUGACCCCAAAGUCUUGUUGUCUCUCAGACAGGCAGACAUUCUCGAGGCCCUGGCAAAUGACAAGACCAUCGGCAAAGAGGGCUGUACUCCUACAUUGCCAGAUGGCUCCAACGACGAGGCUCACUAUUCCUACAGACUCAACCAGCCUUUCCCGGUAUUUCACCCCGAGUUUGGGAGGUUCAUGCUAGAGGCAACCCCUGGCAAACCAUGGGGUAUUGACUUCAAAGAACUAUUGAAAGUCGAACCAAAUAUGAAAUUGAGGAGGUGCAUCGCCAAAGACCACAUGUUACCGAACGAGUACCCAAUUACCUUGACUACUUUCCCAAGGCUUGGCAGUCCCGGGGUGUUCACUGAACCCUUUUACCCAGUCUCAGGCCCCAAAUUGAGAUCCCAGUUCGUCCCUGACGAAAUAGCCAACCCUCACAUCCGCUUUCCCACGCUAGCAGCCAAUAUCCGCUCCCGCCGCGGACGGAAAGUUCAGGUAAACGUGCCGGUCUAUCGGGAUGUGGAAACCCCGUGGCCGUGGAAAGAUCCCACGGUCAACUACGAUCUGCAUCAAUGGCCUGAGGACGAUGACGUCCGGAACGGCGCGGCGCCGGACAAUUUCAUCCACAUGGAUGCCAUGGCGUUUGGAAUGGGCAGUUGUUGCUUGCAAAUUACGUUCCAGGCCAAGAACUUGACCGAAGGGAGGCAGAUGUAUGACCAGCUGAGCCCACUCGGUCCGAUUCUGCUGGCCUUGACGGCGGCAACCCCGAUCUACAAGGGAUUUCUUGCCGACACGGACGUCAGGUGGAACCAGAUUAGCAGAGCAGUUGACGACAGGACACCCGAGGAACUAGGCGAGAAGCCCCUCCAAAACGACCGUUGGCGAAUACCAAAGUCACGCUAUGCCUCCAAUUCGACGUAUAUCUCUGAGGAUCGCCGGCUGCGGCCCGAGUAUCUUGACCCAGACCUGGUCAUCGACGAGAGCAUCAAGCAGCAACUCUUGGACGGGGGCAUGGACGACCGCCUUGCCACGCAUUUUGCCCACCUCUUCAUCCGCGACCCGAUUGUCAUCUUCUCGGAGGACCUAAAGGAGCUUGACCUGAACAAGACGGACCACUUUGAGAAUAUACAGAGCACCAACUGGCAGCACAUGCGCUUCAAACCCCCGCCGGCCGAUAACAGCAUUGGAUGGCGUGUCGAAUUCCGCCCCAUGGAGAUACAGAUUACCGACUUUGAGAACGCGGCCUUUGCCGUUUUCAUGGUGUUGAUCACGCGCGUCAUUCUGAGCUUCGACCUCAACUUCUACAUACCCAUCGGCAAGGUUGACGAGAACAUGGAGACGGCCCAUGCCCGCGAUGCCGUUCUCACCCGCAAGUUUCAUUUCCGCCGCAAUCUCUUUCCCGCCGUCAGGGCAUCCCGAGGCUCUAGCUCCGGGUCUUCCACCCCGACCGGCACCGCCAGCAGACCGCCUAGCCCCGUGGGCCCCGUUGAGGACGAGUACCGCCUCAUGAGCGUCAACGAGAUUAUUAACGGGACCGCGUAUGCCAAAGCUUUUUCGCAGCAGCAGCGGCAAGAGGAUAAUAAUCACGUCCCAGAAGAUGACGAAUUCCCCGGCCUGAUCCCCCUCGUCGAGAGCUAUCUCGACUCGGUCAAUGUCGACGUGGUCACACGCUGCGAGCUCGAGACGUACCUCGACCUGAUCCGCAAACGGGCCAGCGGGGAACUGUGGACCACGGCCAAGUGGAUUCGGCACUUUGUCGGCUGCCACCCGGACUACAAGAAGGACAGCGUGGUGAGCGAGCGUAUCACUAAGGACCUGGUUGAAGCGGUUGUCAGGAUUGGGCAGUGCGAAGCCAAGGGCAAGGGGUUUGGAGAGUUGUAUGGUCCCGGUGGUGAGGUGCCCGAUUUCGAAAGGCUGAUGGGCAGGCAUAGGUAA